UGUUCGAUGAGCUAAUAUAGACCCCUAAAUAUUUAACCUUUUUUACUACCUCAAAUCCUGUCAUUUCCUCUAGUUUUUGUUUCUGUUGUAUAGACAUAUUUUUAAUUAUCACUUUUGUUUUUUUCUGAUUUAUUUUAAAUCCUGAUACCUUUCCAUAUUUAUCAAUUACUUCCAACAAAAAUCUACUUGAAUUUAUAGGAUUCAUUAACGUAACCACUACAUCAUCUGCAAAAGCUCUAACUUUGUACUCAUAUUGUCUAAUCUUAAUUCCCUCUAUUUUCAUUAAUUCUCGUAUUUUAUCUAAUAAUGGUUCCAGAGUCAAAACAAACAAUAAUGGUGAUAAGGGACAUCCCUGUCUUGUUCCUUUCGCAAUCUUAAUAACUUCUGUCAAACUACCAUUUACUAUAAUCUGUGCUGUUUGCUCUCCAUAACUGUCGUCUCCUUCUUCUUUUGCCCUCAAUUUUUCCCAGCAUUAGGCUCUUCUCCAGCGAGUCUUUCCUUCUCAUUAGGUGGCCAAAGUAUUUGAGUUUCAUCUUCAGGAUCUGGCCUUCUAAAGAGCAGUCAGGGUUGAUCUCCUCUAGAACUGACUUGUUUGUUCGCCUUGCAGUCCAAGGGACUCGCAGGAGUCUUCUCCAGCACCAGAGUUCAAAGGCCUCAAUUCUUUGGCGCUCAGCCUUUCUUAUGGUCCAUCCUUCACAGCCAUACAUUGCAACUGGGAAAACCAUAGCUUUGACUAUACGCACUUUUGUUGGCAGGGUGAUGUCUCUGCUUUUUAGUACGCUGUCUAGAUUUGCCAUAGCUUUCCUCCCCAGGAGCAAGCGUCUUUUAAUUUCUUGGCUGCAAGUCCCCAUCUGCGGUCAUCUUGGAGCCCAGGAAAAUAAAAUCUGUCACUACCUCUAUUUCUUCACCAUCUAUCUGCCAGGAAUUGAGAGGGCCGGAUGCCAUGAUCUUAGUUUUCUUAAUGUUGAGUUUCAAGCCAACUUUUGCAUUCUCCUCCUUCAUCCACAUCAAGACGCUUUUUAGUUCCUCUUCGCUUUCUGCCAUUAGAGUGGUAUCAUCUGCAUAUCUGAGGUUGUUGAUAUUUCUCCCGACAAUCUUAAUUCCAACUUUUGAUUCAUCCAGCCCCGCCUUUCUCAUGAUGUGCUCUGCAUAUAAGUUAAAUAGGCAGAGCGAUAGUAUACAGCCUUGCCGGACUCCUUUCCCAAUUUUGAACCAAUCAGAUCUCACAGGACUAAGAAGAUUGCACUGUCCCAUCUAAAUCUAGAACUAUUUUUACUGAGAUUGGUUAUAAUAAUUUCUUUUGAAUUUUUUUUAAUAAGAUUUUUUAAAAAUGGACACUAGAGGGAAUUAAAGAUUACAAUUAAUUAUGAGCCACGGUGCUGCAGUGGUUAAAGUGCAGUCUGCAAGCUACUUCUGUUGACUGCCGGCUGCCUGCAAUUUGGCAGUUUGAAUUGCACCAGGCUCAAGGUUGACUCAGCCUUCCAUCCUUCCGAGGUGGGUAAAAUGAGGAUCCAGAUUGUUGGGGGCAAUAGGCUGACUCUGUAAACUGCUUAAGGCUCUAAAGUACUGUAAAGCAGUAUAUAAGUCUUAGGUGCUAUUGCUAUUAAGGGUGAAGAGUACUUAAACUCAAUUUACUGUUAUAUAAUAAAGCAAAAUACUUUAACAUUGGACAUAUUGAAGGCUAUUUUUGAACAAUAGACUUGGGAGUUAACUUUAGGAGCAUCUGUCUCUAUAGACAGAUUGUUAUGUAUUUGAACUUUAAGAGGGAAGUUUGGGCGGGAACUAGCACGUUGCUGAUUGGCUGAUGCCUCAGCCAAAAUAGUAUUUAAAGAGGGGUUUUUGCUGUUGGUCUUUUGCUGGGUCACAAUAAACUAAAGAGCUGUUGUCACUUGAGUGGUCUCCUGCCUCGUCAUUGCCCAAACUUAACAUUGGCGACGAAGGUGGGAUACUGAGGCAGCGAGACCAGGAAAAGAGCUGAAGGAGUACGGAUUCGCAAAACCCAGCCAGUAUCGGAAGCGGUUACAUAGCCAUGUCCAGCUAUACACCGCCAGCGCCAUUUGACCCUGCCAAGGAGAAAUGGGGGUCGUACAUGGCUCGCUUCGAGUGUUUCCUCGAAGCAAACGUACAGGGAGUCUCAGACAAUCGGAAGCGUGCUUACUUCCUGAGUCACUGCGGACCAGAGGUUUUCGAUACCGCCGAGUCGCUGUCGGAACCAACGCCGGUACAGUCGGUACCAUGGCAAACGCUGAAAACGACACUGAAGGCACACUACGCUCCGGUGCCGUCGAAGUUUGUUCAGCGUUUCGAGCUAAGACAGCGAGUUCAGCGUGAGGGCGAAUUGAUAAGCAUGUACAUGGCCGCAUUGAGGAAAGCCGCGAACCACUGUGAGUACCGGGAUUUGGAUGACUCUUUACUGGAACAACUCAUUUGUGGGGUCCGAGACAUUUAUUUACAGAAGCGGUUGCUGUCCAAAAGCAACCUGACCCUAGCCCUGGCCCUGGACGAGGUCAGGGCACACGAGAUGUCCACCAAAGCGGCGGAGACUCUACAGAAACCGAACACACCGAACACCGGCACAAAAGCAGCGCCAGUCCACAGCGAGGUCGUCGAGGCCAAAUCCGGGGGCGAGGAAGAAGAAGAGGUCUUCUAUACCGGGAGGUCGGAGAGAGGCGACCGGGACGAGUGCGUGAGCUGCGGAGGCCAACACCAACGACAAAAUUGCAGAUUCAAGGACGCAAUUUGCCGGCAGUGCGAAAAGAAAGGGCACAUCGCACAAGCCUGUCGAGCCCCACAACCGUCCCGCCCAAAAUUCAAACCGGCCAAUCAGCAGAGCGCUGGACCGAUGAAACGGCCAGGGAUUGGCUCAUCCAAAAGAGGCGCAAAAUUUAACCAAACAACUGUACGAGUGGGCCACGCAUCAACAUGAAUAGAAAAGAAGAUAUUCACACAGACGCACAUUGAAGGAGUGCCGUAUAAGAUGGAGGUGGACACCGGAUCGUCGAUCACGAUCAUGUCCUGGGACACCGUCGCGAGGAACCUGCCAGAGGUCGCGAAACGACAACUGCAAACCCAAAAGCUGAGAGUGCAAGACUACCAGGGAAACCGGAUCCCUGUUCGAGGAAUCACGUCCGUCAAAGUGAGAUACAGAAACCUAAAGAAAACUCUACCGGUCACCAUCGUAGAUGGAAACCUUCCAAGUUUGCUGGGCCUGGAGUGGUUCAGAGCCCUGGGGAUGGAAGUGACCGGGGUCCACAGAAACGGAGUCAACCUAAAGGAUGAACUGCUGAAAGAGUUCGAGGACGUCUUCCAGGACUGCCUGGGCAACUAACUCAGACCCGCGGCGAUCGGAGGACUUAUCUGAACUUGUAGAAGUCCAGCGACGCCAAUCGGCUCCUCCAGAAGACUGCAGGGACGACUCUGCAAGUAAUCCAGGGCCGGAGGGCCUAGAGGAGCAGCUGGGAGGA